GCACACCAGUUUCAAAUAUACUCAAGUAAGCGUCGUUCAUCACGGUCAAGCAAGAAUCAAGGAAAAAAACCAAAUAGGCCAUCCUAUACUGUUUUCAACGAAGCUAUGGGGUCCAAGGAUAAAAAGCAAGAGAAGAACCAGAACAUACAUGUUGCCGUCCGUUGCAGGCCACUGUCGUUGCAAGAAAAGAAACAGGGCUCGCACUCCAUAGCCAGCAUCAACAAUGAAAAGCGUGAGGUUUACAUGAAGGAGCGCGCAAACACGAAAACAUUCACCUUUGACCAGGUGUUUGGCCCUGAGGCUGAGCAAGUUGAUAUAUACAAGAGUGUAGUAAUGCCAGUUGUGGAGGAGGUUCUCAUGGGAUAUAAUUGCACCAUGUUUGCGUAUGGACAAACAGGGUCGGGUAAGACCUAUACGAUGGAGGGUGAAAGAACGGCAGAGCAACACAUAUCUUGGGACAAGGACCCACUAGCUGGGAUUAUCCCACGAUCUGUGCAUCAAAUAUUCGAUACUCUCACCAAGCAGGAUGUAGAAUUCUCAAUGAGAGUCAGCUUUCUGGAGCUGUAUAAUGAAGAACUGUUUGAUCUACUGAGCUCCAGUGACAAUGGUCAACGAAUGCGAAUAUUUGAAGAUUCUGCCAAGAAGGGCUCCGUGGUGAUCCAAGGUCUUGAAGAGAUUGCAGUCAUGAACAAGGAUGAAGUUUACAACAUCAUGGAACGAGGCGCAAUGAAGAGACAGACGGCAGCAACUCUCAUGAAUGCAAGCUCUAGCCGAUCUCACUCAGUGUUCAGCAUCACGAUCCACAUCAAAGAGAACACCGUCGAUGGGGAAGAAUUACUGAAGACGGGCAAGCUAAACCUGGUAGAUCUCGCGGGCAGCGAGAACAUCGGUCGCUCCGGGGCUAUUGACAAGCGGGCGCGUGAAGCAGGAAACAUAAACCAGAGUCUGCUGUCGCUGGGUCGUGUUAUUACGGCGCUGUUUCUUACACAUUAUAUAGCUGACCAAUCCCUUAUGUACUGUUACAUAUUUCAGGAGUACACAGAAGAAAUAGAGAAGCUUAGGAAAGACUUAAUAGCUGCCCGUGAGAAGAACGGCAUUUACUUAGCAGAGGAAAACUACAUGGAUAUCACAUCCAGACUGGAGACACAAGCAGCCGUGAUAAAAGAACUGGAAGACAACAUUGGGGCACUCACAGAUGAGAUAACAAAAGUAUCUAAGAUUUUUACUGAAACUCAAAGCAAGCUGGAUGAGAAGACGAAGACGUUGGACUACACAACCGACCAGCUGUGCAGCACUCAACGUGUGGGUGAGGAGUUGGCAGAAAGCAGUCGAGUAGACUCAGAAUUCUUCAACGUACGCUGGCCCACCUAUACUCGGCAGUGUCAUGCCACGGAAGUGCAGUUCUCUGAAUCUUAUGCAUCAGCACUGAAGACCGCAGCCAAGGGUGUUGGCGAAAAAAUCGAAAUGAUGAAGAGUGCAGAGCAUAUUGCUGAGACAAAGAGCUCGGAAGGCCAGGAAUGUGUGAGCGCUCUGGAGCAUGAUAGCACUCAGCGAUGGACAGACAUGAAUACAUCGUUGACUUCCAGCGUAGAUGCACUGAAGAAGGAUCUCAAUGCUCAAACCAACAAGCUCAAUGGAUGCAGCGAGGCAUCUGUGAAAGAAGUAGCACGCGGCAAAGAACGCCUGGAAGGGGCACUCACGCAGCAUCUGUCCGAACACUGCCAGCAGGUGGCAGCACAGAUGCAGAACGAAGUGUCUCUGCAGGUGGCGCUGCUCGAUCAGACUGAGAGCAAUGUUCAGCAGGAGCUGGAGAUGAGGAAGGAGCAGCUAGACACUUUCCUCGCUGACGAGCUCAAGGUGGAUAUCCCAACAGGCACGACUCCGCAGCGACGUGACUUCGCGUACCCGCGCACGCUGAGCCGGACCCAGCCCCACGACCAGUUGCUGCAGACGUAUCGUGCCAGUGUAGACGUGAGCGACGCCAUGAACGUCAGUCAAGCGCGCGUGCUUCCCCUGCCCGAGGACACGUUCGUUGAGGAAGAGGACCAGGAGAAUGUAAAUCAGCAAAGCCUCGACAAAACUGGUAACUCAAGCAAUCUGGACGUGUCAGACAACAUACUUGCGUGCAAGUCACAUCAUACCAACGCCGCGCGCACGUCAAAGCUGCCUCUCAGAAACAACAACUAGCAGCGAGUGUUCAUCUAUCCGUACUGUGAUCGUCUCUUCACGUACAAUGCACUGUGAGCUACAAAGGAUAUACCAACACAAGAGAUGUAACCAUCUGUCUAACCUGUUUAAUUGCCUUGUACACUGUGCCAGGUUAAAGCACCGGCUAUAUGUCCCAUAAGCUAUAUUGCAUCCCCACACAGCCACGCUAAAAGGGUCUGUGUCUUCCUGGGUACAGAAAACGGGGACUUACAGAAGUACUCGAGGUUAUGAUUAGUUACAGUUCAGACGAGCCAGUUACGUUCCAGUUACAUUCUCUGUGAUUGGUGCAGCGGUAUCAUGAAAAAUCGUCAUGAUGCAUUACUGCACGGAUGACAAUUUGCAAAUUUACCAGCUUGGAAAAAUCAUUCUAUUUACAUUUGUGGCAAUAUGUGUUGGCUCUAUCAGUCUAUAGAAUAUGGACAGCAAGCUCUGCAACUGCAGGGGUAUUUUCGUGCACUCCUGGUGAAGGUGAAUUAACCAGGCUAGUUCCAGCGUGUUGGAUAUAGCACUCUCUGUAUAAUUCAAUUACAAGAAUUAAAUGCAAGGUUUACAGUUUACGAUAAUGUGGAAGAGAACGACAGUGUGUGGUGUGCUAUGCUCGAUAUCUUUUGUUCUUCUGUAUAAUUAUUAACUACAAAUGAUGAUUGAAGUUAGAGUGUAAGAUUUGUAUUAUAUUAUCUGAAACUACAUAGAUUACAGUAGUAAAUUAAACUUGAUAUCAUUCGUUAGAUAAUAAUUAGUCCCGCUAUAAGACUUGCGCAUUGCGGAUUUUUCAAAAUAUAUAAUUUUUAACUUUUCUCCUCACCAUUCCUUUAUAUUGUGUAAAUGCCAGAGUAUUGGCUAAUCAUACUUUCUUCUCUGAACAGCUGCUUAUCGCCCCUGCUUGCUAAGAUUGUGUCGAACGAGAAAGCUUAUUUCAUUAGUAUCCUUUCAUAGUUUUCUUGAGUGUUCCCUUAAUUAGAUUGACUGUCGCUGUUUGAUAAAUGUUUUUGUUUGGCGUCACCGCGAUAUAAUAAUGCAUUCGACGCAUGUACUUGUAAAUAUUACUCAUGAAUGGCGUUAUAAUAGAACUUUUGUUUUAAACGCAUGAAUGCUCGGUAACUGCACUAUUGUGAGACGCGCACCACGACGUGUCCGAUCAUAACCGUGCUGCUUGGAAUCAUUCUAGUUAUGACAAGCUAUAACUAGUGCUUAGAGGGUCUAUGUCCCGCAGGGUACUGCCGGAAGGUACCCUGGUACUAUCUAAUAUGCCGGACCGUACCUCGCCUACUCCACUAACGAGUCUAGGGAGUCGCCUACGCCUACGCCUACUCCCUAACCCUAACCAUAUCAAAUUAAUAGUUACCAGGGUACGUUUCGGCAGUACCCUGGGGGCAUAGACCCUAUGAGCAUAACGCGUGCUUAGAUGAUCCUGUUUAAUUUCAGUAGAUAGAGGACUUGAUGUUGGAUCGUAAUGCCGCACGAGUCUCCUAUUGCCCACAGUUCGCGUCAUGUAGUGUUUUGAGGGACUAACGAUUUCUUAUCUGAGUGUGUGGGAUUGAAACUUGGUGGUACCAGGCGUGAAUAAUGACAUUAUUUGUCAAAUUUGCCAUUUGCCCAGUUUGUCAUUAGUCGCUCCCUGGUGGUACAUGUCUCUACAGUUUGUAAGAACUGCUGCGUUGUCAUUCAAAUUAAAAAAUAUAUUAUGGUAAAAGGAUUACUUAGGCUUAGUAUAUAACCUACUGUAAUCGGAAUGUUUUUCGUUGCGAUGAAUGGCAAAUUUAAUUAGUCGAUAACGUAUAUAUCAUGUGUGAACCUUUCUAUAAUAUUUGGUGCAUUGUAUUAGACAAAUAAACCAACUUUUAACUUCUGAUAGAAAAUGAAU